AUGGCUACUCUCGCAGAAUCGUUUCUCGAGGACCUAGAAGAGCUAUCGGAUGAGGAGGAGGAGCAGAAGGAGGAGCAGGACGAGGAGGGGGACGCCUUGAUGGCGGACGAUGAGGACGAGGACAAGAAGCGGGCGAAGGCGGCGGUCCGGUACGACAGGCUGGAAGACGUGGCGAAGCUCCACACCACGGAGCGGUAUAAGAGCCUCUUGAGCAGGGUGCGCGAGGAGCUCGACAGGGUGGACGGAGCGGAGAAGCUUCCGGACAGCUGGGCUGGACCGUCUAGCGAGGACCCGCUGUACCAGCUGCUGGUGGACUGCAACGGGCUGGCGGUGGAGCUGGACAACGAGAUCACCGCCGUGCACGCGUUCCUCCGAGACAAGUACAAGCCGCGCUUUCCGGAGCUCGAGAGCCUCGUCCAGAACGCAGUCGACUACGCCAAGGUGGUGCGUCAGAUCGGCGACGCGGAGGACAUCGCGACGGUCGCGCUGGAGGACGUGCUCCCGGCCGCGCAGGUCAUGGUUGUGUCCGUCACGGCGUCGACGACCGCGGGGAGGGCGCUGGGCGCGAGGGAGCUGGCGGUGGUGCUGGACGCGUGCGAGUGCAUCCUGGCGCUGGACGCGGACAAGGCGCACGUGCUGAAGCUGAUCGAGUCGCGAAUGUUCCUCAUCGCGCCCAACAUGACGGCCUGCCUGGGCGCGACCAUCGCCGCGAAGCUCAUGGGCGUCGCGGGCGGGCUGGUCGCGAUCUCGAAGAUGCCCGCGUGCAACGUCCAGGUCCUCGGCCAGAAGCGCAACCUCCGCGGCGCGACCUCCUCGGCGGGCAACACGCACCAGGGCUUCGUCUACUUCUGCGAGAUCGUGCAGGGCACGCCGCCGGCGUGGCGCAACAAGGCCGCGAAGCUCGUGGCGUCGAAGUGCUCGCUGAUGGCGCGCGUCGACGCGUGUCGGACGGACCCCGCGGGCCGCACCGGCGAGGACAUGCGCCGCCAGAUCCGCGCGAAGAUCGACAAGUGGCAGGAGCCGCCGCCGGCGCGCACGGUGAAGCCCCUGCCGCGGCCGGACGCGGAGGUGAAGAAGCGGCGCGGCGGGCGGCGGCUGCGCAAGAUGAAGGAGCGCUACGGCAUCACCGACGUGCGCAAGCUGGCCAACCGCGUGGGGUUCAACUCGGUCGAGGACGAGUUCAUCGACGGCGACGAGGCGGUCGGCAUGGGCAUGCUCAGCUCGCGGCAGGGGUCCGGGAUGCUGCGCGCCGUCGCACAGCAGCAGAAGCAGAAGCUGUCCAAGAUGCAAAUGAAGCGCCUGGAGAAGAACCCGGCGUUCCGGGUCGGCGCGGGGGGCGGCGGGAGCGGCAUCGCGACGUCGCUCGCGUUCACGCCCGUGCAGGGCAUCGAGCUCGUCAACCCCAACCGCCAGCAGCCCACCGACGCGCGUGAUGGCACGCAGUCCUACUUCUCCGACGCGCGCGGGUUCCUGAGCGUGAAGCGGCCGCCCGGAACCGGGCCCUAG